AUGCAGAAUACCUCUGCUGAUGCUAUGAUAAAACGACUAAAUAAAUGGUUUGCUAGGCUUGGAAUACCCAAGUACAUUGUGUCAGUCAAAGGACCACAAUUCUUAUCUGGGCAAUUCCGUAGGUAUUGUGAUUUAAAUAACAUACGUCAUAUACGUUCGGCACCCUAUCAUCCAAAAACUAAUGGAUUAGCUGAACGUACAGUACGAACUUUGAAAGGCCUAUUUGGGAGGCAAUUAAAAACAAGUCUGGAUUGGAUCCGACCAAAUGCCGAACACGAAAUAGUAAGGGCCAAUGAUAGACAAAGCCUUCAUCAUGAUUUUCAUUCAAAGGAAAGAGAAUUUGAAAUCUCACAACCUAUAUGGUUAAAUAAUGAAAUACCAAUGGUUGGAGAGAGGGAGUAA